GUUAUGUCACCUGGGUUUAUUUUGGUCUGAACGAUCUUAACCGGCGUUGAAUUACCGGUCUACAAAGGAAAACAAGUCGCAAUCCUUUCCAGGAUUCGGAAGCAACCAGAAACAGCAAAAGGACCAUGACGACGGCCGUGUUGGGAGGCGGACUGAGCGGCCUGUCCGCCGGAUACUACCUGUUGCGGCGGUUUGGGAAGCCGCUGACCAUCUACGAGGCCUCGCCACGAGUGGGCGGAUGGGUGCGGUCGGAGGACCGCAAGGACCGCAACUUCAUCUUCGAGAGCGGACCGCGUACCAUACGGCCCGUUGGCCUACCGGGAGCAAACACUCUGGAACUGGUGGAGGAACUGAAACUGGAGGUGACUCCCAUCCGGCGCAGUCAUGUGGCGGCCCGCAACAGGAUGCUCUAUGCCAAGGGACAGCUGUGUAUGCUUCCCAACAGCCCCAAAGGACUCUUUGGCGUCAUGCCCCCUUUCACUAAACCGCUUUACAGGGCGCUUUUUAAGGAUCUGGUCACCGAUAGCAAGAAGGCAAAGUUGGAUGAUGAGAGCAUAUAUAGCUUUGCAGAGCGUCGGUUCGGCAAGGAGAUAGCCGACUACGCCAUCAGUCCCAUGAUCUGCGGUAUUUGUGCCGGAAAUGCCCGCGAGAUCAGCGUUCGUUUCCUGAUGGAAGGUCUCUUCGAGAAGGAGCAGAAAUAUGGAGGCGUACUCAAGGGCACACUUAUUUCCCGCUUUAAAGACAAGACAAAGGACGCCAAGGAGGGUCUUUUUGCCGAAGGACAGCCGAAGCUUUACGCGCAGGCUCUGCAGGAGAAAUGGGCCAUGUACGGAUUGCAGGGCGGACUGGAGAUCCUGCCGAAAGCCAUGCGAAAGUACCUCGGCGAGCGGGAUGUCAACGUGCAGCUAAGCCACGAGUGCCGCAAUCUGAACUUUAGCAGCUCUGGAGUCCGGAUGACCAUUAAGGAUGCUGAUGUGCCUGUGGAACAUGUGAUCAGUUCUCUGCCCGCUCACAAACUGGCGCCUCUGGUGAAGCAACAGCAUCCCUCGUUGAGUGCCCAACUGCUGGACAUACCUUACGUGGAUGUGCUGGUGGUGAACAUGCAGUUCCAGGGCAAGCUGCUCAAGCAGGAUGGCUUCGGACUGCUAGUGCCUCCGGUGGAAAAGCUGCCAAUAUUGGGCGUGAUCUUCGACAGCUGCUGUUUUGAAAUGGGGGAGAACACCGUGCUCACCGUGAUGAUGGGCGGUCACUGGUUUGACCAGUGGUUCGGCGAUCGCCCCAGCCCAAAGCAGAUCCUCGACUUGGCCACCAGCCAAGUGCAGAAGAUUCUGCAGAUCAGCGAGGAACCGAAGUUCAGUCGCGUUCAUACGCUGCACAAGUGCAUCCCGCAGUACACAGUAGGCCACAAGCAUCGCGUGGAGAGCAUUCGGAACUACAUCAAGACGUACAAGCUGCCGUUGUCAUUGUGUGGAGCCGCCUACGAUGGAGUGGGCAUCAACGAUGUUAUUCUGUCCGCCAGGCGACAAGUAGAGUCGCUACCGCUGUCCUAAUUUUACCAUUCCCAUUAAGAAUACCCUCCUUUCCAUUGGUGAUUGUUGUAUUUGCUUAAGCUGGCUUUGUGAGUAGUAAAGUAGGUCCUUUGUACAUAGAA